AUGAAGGCAUUAUAUUUGGUUCUAUUUUCGCUACUAAGCUUGACGAUGGCCGCCGAUACAAUCACGUGUAGCUCGACGAAAAAGUGUCCCCAGGAGGCCCCCUGCUGCUCGCAGUUUGGUAUAUGUGGCACCGGAGCCUACUGCUUGGGCGGAUGCGACAUUCGAUACUCGUUCAAUUUGACCUCGUGCAUGCCCAUGCCGCGCAUGGAGGAUUUCGACUUGACGUUCAAUUCCAAGGCCGACGUUGAGAAAAUCGAGUUGCAAAACGAGUACUUGGGCAACUAUUCCGAGGCGGACUGGGUCUACACCGGCUGGGUUGAUUAUUUCGACAACGCCAUGCUUUUGCAGAUGCCCAACGGGACCACCGGUACCGUUGUUUCUUCAACGAAAUAUCUCUGGUACGGCAAGGUGGGUGCCACCAUCAAGACCUCGCGCGGCGGCGGAGUCAUCACUGCCUUUAUUUUGUUUUCAGACGUCCAAGACGAAAUCGAUUAUGAAUUUGUCGGUUACAACUUGACCAACCCCGAAUCCAACUUUUACGCGCAAGGGAUCUUGAAUUACACAAAUUCAAGAAACUCCUCCGUUAACGACACUUUCCAAUACUACCACCUCUAUGAAAUGGACUGGUACGAGGACCACAUCGAUUGGAUCGUCGAUAACCAAAAAGUCCGCACCUUGAAUCGCGCCGAUACUUGGAAUGACACGUCAAAACGAUUUGAUUUCCCGCAAACUCCUUCGAGAAUCCAGUUUUCCUUGUGGCCCGGUGGUGACCCAUCCAAUGGUGAAGGCACCAUUGAAUGGGCCGGAGGUGAAAUCAACUGGAACUCGGAAGACAUCCAAAGAUACGGCUAUUACUAUGCCCACGUCAAAAACAUCCAUUUCGAGGCUCGUGACGUGCCCGCCUUUGUCAAAUUGGACGGCAGUUCCAACAGUGUCGAUGAUUACCACGCAUUCCUUUAUAACCAUACAGAUGGUAACGAAGACGACGUCAUGUUGACGAACAAAAAGACGUGGUUGGGAAGCAAUGACGCCACGGGGUUUGACCCACAAAAUGACGAGGAUCCAGUCGAUAAAAACAUCACCUCCACCAUAGUCGUCACCAGCGGCUCCUCGACCAUCACCACGGUCCACACCACCACUGCAAGACAAACGGCAAACAUUCCCGCGCAAAACACCGCGGCUGCGAACCAAGCCACCGCUGCUCAAGCCACCAACAAUGCAUAUAAUCCAAGCAAUGGAAUCGGCGGCUUUGUGCAAGACGCUAGACUGACUGCCGGUGCCGGUGAUAGUGCUGGAUCUUCAGCUGGCGCUGGAGUUGCAAACGUGGACAAGAUUGGACUUGAAAGUAUAAUCCUUUCCAUCUUAUUGGGGGUUCUUUCUUAUUUAAUGUAGACAAUUUGGAGAAAAAAAAAAAACAAAAAAACCAAAAAAAAAAAAACGUUAGGUAUUAAAGACAAGUUAUUAGUAACACAGGAGUCUGUAGUCAUCUUUGGUUGGCGAUAUUGCAACUUCCUCUUGCUUGUAGACUUUCCUGAUGGUCCUUCACUGGGGAGGUUCAGUUGGUUUGGCAGUAUGGUUGACAGUCCUGCACAUUGCACCACCCACGGCCAGUUCAACAACAACCACCACUUUUUUUUUCCACCUCCAAUUGUAACCAAAACCAGACAGCACAUACAUUUACACACUCAACCACAGCACCAACACCGAGUACGCCCGACUGCUGUCUUCUCCACUUCAGGAUCCACAUCAAUUGCUGCUUUCCAAGAUGAAGAUGUUGACCAAGUUUGAGUCCAAGUCGUCGAGGGCCAAAGGAGUGGCAUUCCACCCCAAGAGACCCUGGUGCCUCGUUUCGCUCCAUUCGUCCACAAUUCAACUAUGGGACUACAGAAUGGGGACGUUGAUCGAUCGAUUUGAAGAGCACGUGGGGCCCGUUCGAUGCGUCAACUUUCACGCAACGCAGCCGCUUUUCGUUAGUGGAGGCGACGACUACUCGAUCAAGGUGUGGUCUCUCAACACGAGAAAAUGCAUCUUCACCUUGAAUGGCCAUUUGGACUACGUGCGCGGGGUUUCGUUCCACCAUGAACUACCAUGGAUCUUGAGUUGUUCCGACGACCAGACUAUUCGCAUCUGGAACUGGCAAAACAGACAGGAAAUUGCUUGCUUAACUGGCCACAAUCACUAUGUUAUGAGUGCGCAAUUCCACCCCACCGAGGAUUUGAUUGUUUCUGCGAGUUUGGACCAAACUGUGCGGGUAUGGGAUAUCUCCGGCUUGAGGAAAAAACACUCGGCUCCCACCAGUUCUCUCCGUAGUUUUGAAGACCAGAUUCAAAGACAACAGUUGCCGCAACAGGAUAUCUUUGGCAAUGUCAAUGCCAUUGUUAAAUACGUGUUGGAAGGACACGAUAAAGGGGUCAAUUACGCCGCGUUCCAUCCCACCUUGCCCUUGAUUGUCUCAGCUGGAGACGACCGAUUGGUGAAGUUGUGGAGAAUGAGCGACACCAAGGCAUGGGAAGUGGACACUUGUAGAGGCCACACCGGCAAUGUGUUGAGCGCCAUUUUCCAUCCUCACCAGGAUAUGAUUUUGAGUGUUUCCGACGACAAGACGAUUCGAGUUUGGGAUUUGAACAAGAGGGUGCCCAUUAAGCAGUUUAGACGCGAAAACGACCGGUUUUGGCUUAUUGCUAGUCACCCCAAUAUCAAUUUGUUUGCCGCGUGCCAUGACUCGGGAGUAAUGGUUUUCAAAUUGGAAAGAGAACGGCCAGCUCACGCCCUUUAUCAGAAUAAGUUGUUUUACGUCAAUGCUGAAAAGCAAGUGCAAGCUUUUGAUUACGAAAAGCAAGAAUGCAGCUUACCCAUGAUUUCGUUAAAGAAAAUCGGCAAGAGUUGGUCUUUUAUGAGACAAUUGAGUCACAACCCAACCGAUAACUCGAUUUUGGUUGUUCAUGGAGAAGGCGAUAGCUCAAACUAUGCCUUGAUCACUUUACCUAAACAUGCCACGGGAGCUAUUGAACCUACCGAUAUUCGCCAAGGUGAAGCCAAUUUCGCCACUUUUAUUUCAAGAAACAGGUUUGUUACAUUUAUCAAGUCGUCCAAGACUUUACACGUUAAGGAUUUGAGCAAUAACGUGACCAAGACGAUUCAAUUGGACUCCUCGGUGACUGAUGUCUUGCCAAGUAGACCCGGGUGUAUAUUGCUCGUCAAGGCCCACUCGGUUAUCAAUUAUGACGUGCAACAGCGCAAGGAGAUUUCCGACCUUAGCGUCAACAAUGUCAAGUAUGUCACUUGGUCCCAUGAUGGACACUACCUUGCUCUCUUGUCGAAGCACACCAUCACUAUUGCCAAUAAAGACCUCGAGUUGAUCACAUCGAUGCAUGAAACUAUAAGAAUCAAGAGUGCCGCGUGGGACGACUCGGGGGUUUUGCUCUUUUCUACUUUGAACCAUAUCAAGUACACCUUGUUGAAUGGCGACAAUGGAAUCAUCAAGACGUUGGAAAACACGGUGUACAUCACCAAGGUCACGGGCAACAAGGUUUACUGUUUGAAUCGCGCGGGGCAAGUAGAUGUCAUCACUAUUGACCCCACUGAAUACCGUUUCAAGAGAGCGUUGGUGAAUGGCAACUUUGGCGAAGUGUUGAGGUUGAUCAAAAACUCCACCUUGGUUGGUGAAAAUAUUGUUGCUUAUUUGCAAAAGAAGGGCUACAGCGAAGUUGCCCUUCACUUUGUGACAGAUCCGGAAACAAGGUUCCAUUUGGCAAUUGAAUCCGGGAACCUAGAGACUGCCCUUGAAGAAUGCAAAAAAUUGGACUCGAAAGAAGUUUGGCAAUCCUUGGCUGAUGAGUCGGUGUUGAUUGGAAGAUUUGACAUCACCGAGUUGUGCUUGCAAAGAUUACACCUGUUUCAAAAAUUGAGUUUUUUUUACUUGAUCAGUGGCCAAACUGACAAGUUGAAAAAAAUGUCGCUCAUUGCUGCCAAUAGAGGCGACGCGUCCGCAGUCAUUCAAAAUAGCAUAUAUACCAAUGACCCCAAGGCGCAAUUGGAAGUUUAUCAAAGCGCCGGCAUGCUUGCCUUGGCCCAUGUCUUGAGAAAGAGCCAAGGAUUGCAAGACGAGGGCGAAGAAGAACAAAAAGCACCUGCCGAGGCUGUAUUGCCCGAGAUUGGUGAGCUGCUUGCAGUUCCGCAGCCAGUGUCGACCACUAGUGUGCUCCCGUUGAAAGACGUUGGAAUGUCACUUUUCGAGGCUAGCUUGACAGGAGCCACAGAUUUGACUAUUGACGAGCCACAAGAAACAGCUCCCGAGGCAAUUGCUUACGAGUUGGAGAGAGAAGAAGAAGAAGAAGAGGAAGAAGGUGGUUGGGACUUUGAAGAGCUCGAUGAAGAGGAUGUCACUAUUGAUGAAAAUGAACUUGGGCCAGGUCAAACUGGGUCCACCGUUGGCGCAUUGAUUAGACGAGGAGACUUUGAGCAAGCAGCAAGCAAACUCAGCAAGCAGUUUGGAAUACUUGAUUUUGCACCAUUGCGCGACGCAUUUAUCGAAACGUGUUCCCAGUUGUACCUUCCCGGAUCCGAAGAGCUCAGUGCGCUUAAAGUGCCAGUUACAAGCGAAGUGGUGCUGGGCACACCAUCGACAGAUGAAGCAUUUAAACUUUUCAAGGCCAACAACUUGGAAGCUGCCAUCACCGAGUUUCAAAAAAUCUUGUAUGGAUGCAUUACACGAGACGCCGACUUGGAAGACAUUAAGCAAAUCUUGCACCUCUGCAGGGAAUACAUCUUGGCGUGCCGAAUUGAACUAACUCGAAGAUCCUUGCCCGAAUCUGAAGUCAAGCGCAAUUUGGAGCUUGCAUGCUUAUUUGCCUCGUGUGACUUGCAGCCACCGCAUAGAUUGAUUGGAUUGCAGUUGGCUGCCCAGUUGAACUUCAAAUUCAAGAAUUUUGAAACUUCGUCCAAGUUUGCCAAAUUGUACAUUGACGUUGCGCCCCAUUCCAAAGCUGAGCAAAUGAAAAAAUUGAAAGCCAAGGCCGACUUGGGUCACGAUUCUAUUGAUCUUGAAGUGAAUGACGAGUUUUGCGCACACAGCUUGACUCCCAUUUACCCUGGCGAACCUUUUGUUACCGAAGCUUUAUUAAAGACGAAAUACAAACCAGAGUUUAAGGGACAAGUUAGUGAGAUUACUGGUGUUACUACUAUCGGUGUGCCUGCUUCUGGAUUCAGAUAA